AUGUCAUUAUUCUGGAAAUGCGCUAUUGCAUUUGUAAUCUUUUUCCAAGGCAUUCUUAUCUUGCGAUACUAUAAUUGGCGGAUAUUCAAUGUAAAAACUGCACCAAAGAAAUUCGUCGGCUUUCACUUGAAUUUUGGUCGACUUGGAAAUCAGCUGUUUCAUAUGAUUACUGGAUAUGGUAUUGCUAGGGCAAUGAACAGAGGUCAUUAUUUGCCAUUCGAAGAUGCGAGAGAACACGUUGAAAAGUACCUAAUCCACCUUGAAGAGAUUUUUCCUCGCUUGAAGCAAACCUAUGUUCUAGCAAAGAGAGGAACAAAGCAGAGAAAUGUGCCAUUUUCCCCAAAUUGCUGCUCCUACCAUGAUCCGUCAAGGCUCAACAACCUGACCGAUCAGUUUUUGCUGCUGGACUUGAUAUACGGGCAAAAUCCUGGGUAUUUUGAACACUACCUCGCAGACGUACGCGAUAUUCUACAGUUUUCAGAAAAAGUAGUGCUAGAUGGAAGUAGGACACUUCUCAAUCUGACAAACUAUACCAGUUCCAUGUGCAUUCACGUGCGCUUGGGGGACUUCAUAGAGAGGAAGCUAGCUACUGACAUGAAUGUAACAGUAAAAGCUGCUAAUGCAAUUGCUAGGAAAAAGAAUCUUUCACACUUCAUGAUUUUUGGAGACGACCAGCAGUUCAUGAAGAAAAUGUCAAAGAAUAUCAUGAAGGAGGGUCGUUGGAGGAAUGGUGCUGUCGCCAUUUCUAACUAUACGGAAUCUACGGACCUCUAUUUAGCAUCUCAAAUAUGUAGCUCAUUCUUGAUUGCUGCGGUCACAUCAACUUUUGGCUGGUGGCUCGCCUUUUUCGCGCAAGACCAGAAUGCUGUGUACUACUUAAACGACACACGGCCGCACGCUGACAAAGUUCCUAGCAAAGAACUAUUUUUGAAAUCAUGGCAAGUGUACCCAGGAUAA